AGAAGAUGUACCCUAACAGUGGACCCUCUGGUCCCCAAAGAGCUGACUAUAACAUUGAGAGUUCGCUUAGAGUGAUGACCUCUAAUAUAGGACCUCUCAGAAUUCCGACUCCACAAAAAGAUGUAUAUAACACUCCUUUAAGGCCUCCUCAGGGUCAAAAUAACCCAGAGAAGGAUACCCCAGAAAGCAAAGGAGGUCAGGCCCAGAAUUUACUUGUCAACAAGAGUAUCUACUCAGACCUCAAAUCUGAUAUAUCCAAAAAGUACUAUCCUCCAAAAUGAUCAUAUAGAGGUGGCAAUGAGGCUAAAGGAAUUACCACAACAGAUAUGCUCAAAAUAAUAGCUCUCAAGAACGAAUGCAUGCACAAGGUCGGCAUCAUUAAGCUCAACGAGAUAGACAACGAUAUCCUUAUUCUUGAGAAAGCUAUCAAAGAAGAGGACUCUCACAUCGAUGUGCUGAAGCACAAUAUCGUCAACACUUCAGAUGUUGACGGGUCUAACUUUGCCUAUCGGAAUAAUUUGAAAUUCCAUUCCACCCAGCCUCUUGGAACUGAUACUCAAUCUAAGAUUAAAUCUUACCUGAGCGAGCACUUGUCAAACUUCAAGCCUCAUAAUAAGAAGACCAUUCAGUUAAUAGAACAGAUCAAGUCUCAAAAUGCAGAAAUCAUUAAGAAAAAUGGAAGGAUUUUCGACAAAAACUUCUCAAAACCCAUUCAAAAUUUUGAACUCAUUGAAGAAAAGAAGCAAGAGCGGAAGAAUAAGUAUAUAAAGGAGAAAUUAAAUCUAACGGUUUUGCCCAAUCUGAACCAAGAUACAAAGAUCUUCAUGGACCUAGAUGUACAAUACGACUUCAUUCCUACAAAUGAAGAGUACUUGCGGAGAAUGAGACUUGACUUCAUUUCUAAAUAAAGAUAAAGUAGUCAACUUCAUUCGAAAAUCCAUAAAAACGAAAGCUCAAAAAGAGAUUUUCUACCAUCACAAAUUCGAUCAUGACUAUCUAGAAUGGUCCAAACGAGUUAGUAAAAGUAACGAGAGCCCCUCUAAUAUGAAGAAAGGUAGCACUGAUUGGCAUUCUGACUUGAGACAAAAAGAUGGAGAUCUUUUAAAGGAGAUCCUGGAGAAGGAUUCAGCCAUCCCUACUGAAGAUUUCACACCUCAACUCCAAAAGACCCAAUCCAAGAGGACAACUAACAACUCUAGAGGACAAUGGAUGGACAAGAAGAAAGACCAUGAUGAAGAUGAAGAAGGCUAUGACAGAGAGAUAGAACUGUUCCGUAAAGGCAAAGCUCAUAUUAUAAAAGCAAAUUACAACCAUUAUAAACAAGAAUUCUUUGGAAUUGAGCCAACUCAUAAAAGUAUCCUUGACUUGAUCAGAUACGACUAUGACUACAAAAGCUCAGAUAUCUGGAGUCUUGAAGAUAUAAGGAACUUCAUGGUGCAAUAUUUAAACUAUCCAAAGGAUUUCAACAAGAUCACAUCAUUUUUCAACAAUAAGACCAACAAGGAUAUUGUAAACUUCUAUUUCAACUUUAAAUUUCACUUCCAGCUAGUCAAGCAUGUCAUGGAAAUCGAGAGGCCAAAGUACAGGGAACUCAAGAAAUCAGGAUACCCCAGUAGAUCUACUGCUUACAACAAUUAUGCUAUUCGACCAAAUCAUAAGAAAAUAGAAUACAUAAACCAAGCAGCAGAUGAGGUUAUAAAGGAGAUUACUUCCAAGUACUACCAAGAAUAUGAGGAUUACUCUCAAUCUAAAUUUGGUCUGCCUGUUACGAAAUUCACAACAUUCCAGCUAAUGAAGAUCUUCAGUAACUCAAGCAGUGACAGGAACAAUCUCCAGACAAAGCACAAGAAACGAGAGCAGAUGUAUGAAGAAGCUAAGAAAAGAAGCAACACAGAAUGAGUUAAACUUGUUUACAGACCUCCCAACACAGAUAUCGGCCCAUGGACAUGCGCUUACUUUGACGAAGUCAUGAAGAAUGGAGAGGAAGUUGAGGCUAAACUUCUAUCUAAUUUUCAGCCCCUCAAACAAGCUCUUGAUGCUCGUGAAAGCCAAAUCCUUACUGACACUCAGAAAUUUGUAUUGAAUUCAAAACGACUCACUGAUGUCGUUCCACAAAGGAAAAUUUUUGACAGAAUCAAUAGUAAAACUAAAAAUAAGAAGCAAGAAGAAAUCACCAUGCAGGAAGACAAUAACCCUGAAGAUGAAGAAGACAUUGAAAAUUAUGAAGAGGGUUACCAAGGUAGAUAUCAGCCUGAUUUCCUCCUCUUAGAAAAGAACCUAUCAUGUGACUCUGAAAUGGCUAUUGAAUCUGAUAAAGAAGAAACUAUCAAAUUCAGCAACUCAGCAUAUGAUAAAGUUAACAAAGCUACUCCUACAAGCAAGAAUAACGAUAGUGAACAGCUUACCCAAACCUAUGAGAUGGGGAUAUCAACUUCUCAUGCCUACAUGAGAGAGAACAAACCUCAAAUUAAGAAAACCGAGGCUCCAUUCAUCCCAAACAAGUCUUUCAACCAUGAAGAUUUAUCAAUCAGGAGUUCCUCUAUAGGCCAUGAGAAAGUGAAUUCUACCUCUUCAAUGCAAAGAUCCUCGAAAUACCCAAAACCACAGUUCUCAAGAACAGCUAGUGAAAGAAAAUCCAUGGCUCACUGGAUAGAGCCUGAAAAGGAAGAAUUCAAAAAACAACUCUCGAUUCACGGGAAGGACUGGAAGAGGAUCUCAGAUGUAAUCACUAAUAAAACUGAGAAACAGAUCAGGAAUUUCUACCAGAACUAUAAAAAGAAGCUCAAAUUAGAAGAAUUGUUGCCAGCUCGAGACAAGCUUGACCUCGAGAGGUCUAAUGAAGGCCAAUCACCCAAGAACAUGAAAUCAUCAGAAAGAUCAUACGAGCCUAAGAAGAAGAGCAACUAUGCCCUUGAGAACACUGUCCACAAGGGAAAGAAGGGCAGACCAUCCACAAAGUCAGCCUCCCCAUUCAAGAAGAGAAGCAAGAGAAGAAAGAUCGAGUCAAGCGAAAACGAAAGUGAACCUUCACUUGAAGAAGUCAAGGAAUCACAGAGUGAAAGCUCUUCAAGCAGUGAAGAAGAAAACAGAAAAAGAGUAGCUAAAGCUAAGAGAAAAGAUGCUACAAAACAUACAACAUAUUGUUCAUUGUGAAAAUGAUCAAAGCCUUGCUUAUGCAGACAAGAAUUGAUCAGCCAGAGUUCAAGCAAGAGCUCAUCGUCAUCAGAGCAAAGCAGUCAGAAUUCAGAUGAUAGCAGUCAAGAAAUGGAUAAUGAUAUUGAUGAAGAAAGUCUGUAAUAAGUUAUCCUUUAAAGCUAAAAAUAAAGU